AUGCGACUGCUCGCGGAAUGGCUCCUCUUGCUCUUUGGCCCUUGGCUUCUUAGGAAGGUCGUCAGUGCCCAGAUACCAGAGUCGGGAAGGCCGCAGUACCUGGAGCUGCGCCAAGCUACUCCAGGAGGGGGUGCCCCUGGCCAACAGCUCCCUGCGUCCAGGUCUUCUGACGGCCUGGGGCUGGCCGGCGCCUGGAGCUGGGCCUGGCCUGCUAACCACACGGGGGCGCUGACCCAGGCGGGGGUGGCCGGGGCGCUGCCGGCUCAGCGCACUAAGAGGAAGCCGUCCAUCAAAGCCGCACGAGCCAAAAAGAUCUUCGGCUGGGGGGACUUCUACUUUAGAGUGCAUACCCUCAAGUUCUCGCUGCUGGUGACCGGCAAGAUCGUGGACCAUGUGAAUGGUACCUUCAGUGUGUAUUUCCGCCACAACUCCUCCAGUCUGGGCAACCUCAGUGUCAGUAUUGUGCCACCUUCUAAGCGUGUGGAGUUCGGGGGCGUCUGGCUGCCUGGGCCUGCCCCCCACCCACUACAGUCUACGCUGGCCCUGGAGGGGGUGCUUCCUGGGCUGGGGCCCCCUUUAGGGAUGGCGGCAGCUGCGGGACCGGGGCUUGGGGGCACCCUUGGGGGCGCACUGGCAGGUUCACUAGGCAGCGCUCUGGGAGUGCCCGGGGCCAAAGAAUCACGCGCUUUCAAUUGCCACGUGGAGUAUGAGAAGACAAACCGCGCUCGUAAGCACCGCCCGUGCCUGUACGACCCGUCGCAGGUGUGCUUCACUGAGCACACGCAGAGCCAGGCCGCCUGGCUCUGUGCCAAGCCCUUCAAAGUCAUCUGUAUCUUCGUCUCCUUCCUCAGCUUUGACUACAAACUGGUGCAGAAGGUAUGCCCAGACUAUAACUUCCAAAGCGAACACCCUUACUUUGGAUAGCUCCCCUGGCCCGGCCCUGAGCAUCCCGCCAAAUCCCAGCCUCUGUAAGUGGGACUCCUCCCGAUAUCCCUCCGCUCCUGUGGUCUCCUCC